GAAUCUGCAAGUUCUGCUUGUAAAUUGCAGCAUUAGUGUUGGUUUCCACUACCCACACAUGAUCCAUAAAUCCCCUCUGAGCUCAGGUUAGACCGGCAUUCUCACCAACGUUAUUUUCCCCAACCAGCAGGAAGGGUCAAACAAGACCGGGAACAUGUACGCCCUAGACUGCGGCGCCGGCAUCGGCCGGAUCACCAAGCGACUGCUGCUGCCGCUCUUCAAAAAAGUAGACAUGGUGGACGUGACGGACGAAUUUUUGAGCAAAGCUAAGAGCUACCUUGGCGAAGAAGGCAGUAGAGUUGGGAACUAUUUUUGCUGCGGCCUGCAGGAGUUUUCCCCAGAGCCAAACCGCUAUGAUGUCAUUUGGAUCCAGUGGGUAAUAGGGCACCUGACAGAUGAACACUUAGUGGACUUCCUAAAGAGGUGCAGUCUGGGCCUUCGGCCAAACGGCAUCAUUGUCAUCAAGGACAACGUCACUCAGGAUGUCUCCAUCAUGGAUGACGUAGACAGCAGCAUCUGCAGAGAUAUCGAUUUAGUCAGGAAGCUCAUCAAACAAGCCGGCCUCUCGCUCUUGGCCGUAGAAAGGCAGGAGAAUUUUCCUGACGAAAUCUACCACGUCUUUUCCUUUGCCAUGAGAUAAACCCUGCCCUGAGAACCAUUUGUAGAGCGGUCCAUCAUUUUGGGAAGCUUUCUUGACUGUUCUGGUUUGCCAAAAGAUGUGGCAUGGCGAGACGGGGGGGGGCAGGGUUACAGCAGACGCACUGAAGCGACAGAUGAAAAUUUGGAACUGGGACAAUUGGCAGGAUAUUUAAUAUAAAAAAGGCAUGAAACUGAGAUUUUCUAAAAACGGAGAAAUAGUUCUGUGGAAGGGACCCUGAGCAUGCGAUGGAUUUAUGUAAAAGGAAGUGACCUACAUGGGGGUAAAUUGUGUGCUUUGUUCCCAAGAGGAGUACUGGGAAGUGGAAGCGCAUGCCUUCAUAUCCGAAAAUGAGUCCUGACACCUCCCAAAAUGUUAAAUAUUUUAAUAAAAUUAUUUUCCUUCAUCCUGCCUUUUCCCUUUGGUGCUAGUUACUGGCGUCAUGCAGCAGCAGCCAAACCCAUCAUCAAUAUUGGGAUUACACGUGUGUGUCUGCAAACAUUGCCGCUGUACAAUCAUCAAUUAGAAGGAUUUACCUAUGUCUGAUCAAAAGACGCUUCGAAUUGUGGUUGUUUGGACCCAGGCACCCCUGGGUCCAUAAUGUGCGAGCAUGGACCGCUAUACCCUGCAGCGUGGGCACGUCGAACUCUGUGGUUGCUCAGAACGCCCAGCUCCACAUCCAGUGACUUUCUGUAUAUAGGAGACCCUGUGGAUUCUGGCAAAUGCCAGAGGGGCUGCUGUAAGAUGCCAUAGACACUAUUUAUUGGACCUCUAUGUAGCUGAAAUGUAUUACUGCAGAAGGGGUCACUGCAGCUCCUUCAGUAACUGGGAAGGCAGUUGACACAAAGGGGUAAUUCACCUGUUAACUUUUAGUAUGUUCUACAAUAGUAAAUUUGCAUCAACUUUU